GAUAAGUCAAAUGGGAAAUAAUUUAUCCGAGUAAAAUUUUGCCACGUUUGUGAAAAGAGUAAAAAAAACUGAAAUUUAUUCACCGAAGAUCAAGCAGAUUCUUAAUGCACGUUUCUUCUCUCCACACCCAGAAAGGAUUCCAUUUAAACCCCCUAAACCUUUAACUACCAUUCUCCGCCACCGCAACCGCCGCCUCCACCGCCUUUAGAUAGAGAUCAUAUAACUUCAAAAUAUCUCUGCACUAAUUAAUUAAUACUCCAUAUCAGCCAAAUCCAGAGAUUAUAUUAUUAAUUACUUCCCACAAAAAGGAAAAAUAAUUUCAUAAGAGUUAUGGGAAAUCAGUUUUCUUGCCGGAGUGUUGGCGUUAGCGAACAAAUACAGGCGGUUUCCUGCAAGGUGCUCCUCCCCGGCGGGGAACUCCGGCUGCUCCGGGAACCGGUCAAGGCGGCGGAGAUCAUGCUCGAACACCCGGCCCACUUCCUCGUCAACGCCGGGUCACUCGUCGCCGGGAGGAGAUUCUCCGCCCUCGCGGCGGACGACGAUCUGGCGUUCGGAAACGCCUACGUCGUGUUCCCGAUGAAGCGGCUGGGCUCGGUGAUCACGGCCGAAGACGUGGCGGUGCUCGUCCGGACCGCGGCGGCGAAAAGGGCUUGUUCCGGGAACGCGGGGAAGGUGUCGCCGGCGGACGGGUCGCCGGGAAAUGACGUGGACGGACUCGGCGCGGCGGCGGAGUAUCGGCAGCAUAGGUUGUCUUCUUGUAGGUCCAAGAAGCCUUUGUUGGAAACAAUUGUGGAAGAACCUGACCGUACACGUGGCAGACGAUAAGGCAAAUCUUUUUUCUCUUUUCUUUUUUCCUUUUUCCAUAUCCUUUGGCACAAAUUUAGCAUUUUUUUUAAGUUUAGCACAAAAUUUGCUUAAUACUUAUCCCUUUGCAUUUAAUCUUAUAUCUUCAAAUUACUUUCUAAAAUAUACGGUGCUUCUAAAGUUUAUUUGAACACUAAUAAUUCUGUUCAAUUUAU